ACAUGUUUGCUAUUAUAAUCGUUUGUUCAUCAUCGAUUUUUAUUUAAUGUCCGCAAAAAGUCCCUGUUCAAUCUCGUCGUCCAAUAGUUCGAGCCAUAGACGUCGGGUGUUGUAGGAGGCUAGUUGAGCUGGAGGCAUGGCCGUGUACGUGAAGGGGGCGUUCCCUCCAGACCUGCUGAGCUCCGAGGUCACCGCCGUCAGACACGUUCUCGCCCGCUACGGAGAGAGGAGCACCGAGCAAGGACGUCACGUCACAGCGGGAUAUUCCUCCUCGCGAUGCCUUCCGUGGAAAGACUUUACUGAGAAUACAAGCUGACUAAAGACAAAAUAAAACCUUAGGCUUGUUGUAUUCUAUUCUCAUAUACUAUCUGCCGUGUUCCUCUGUGUAUGAGGCUGAUCUAGCGUCGCGCCUGGUCUCGCCGUCUCUGCGCGUGUCUCAACGUAGACCCGGCCGGCUUUGUUCGAUUUUUGACAGCAGUAGCCUCUACUCGUUACCGCUACCGACAUGGACCGUUCAGAGAGGGACAACCGAUCAGACGAGGAAACCGAAUACGAAGAGGAGGAGAUGGAUCCUAGGAUCCAGGGAGAGCUGGAGAAACUUAACCAGUCCACAGACGCCAUCAACAGAUGUGAAACUGAACUGGAGAGCGCCAGGCAGAGGUUCCGCUCUGUGCUGGUGGAGGCCACCCUGAAGCUGGACGAGCUGCUGAAGAAGAUCGGGAAGGCAGUGGACGAGUCCAAGCCCUACUGGGAGGCCCGCAGGGUGGCUAGACAGGCCCAGCUAGAGGCCCAGAAGGCCACCCAGGACUUCCAGAGGGCGGCGGAGGUGCUGCGGGCCGCCAAGGAGACCAUCUCCCUGGCCGAGCAGCGGCUGCUGGAGGAGGACCACAGGCAGUUCGACUCGGCCUGGCAGGAGAUGCUCAACCACGCCACCCAGCGGGUGAUGGAGGCGGAGCACACCAAGACUCGGAGUGAGCUGGUGCACAAGGAGACGGCGGCCAAGUACACCGCCGCCAUGAGUCACAUGAAACAGCUGGAGAAGAAACUCAAACGCACCAUCAACAAGUCCAAGCCAUACUUUGAGAUGAAGGCUAAAUAUUACCUGCAGCUAGAGCACUUGAAGCAGAAGGUGGAUGACCUGCAGGCCAGGCUCUGCCAGGCCAAGGGCCAGUACAAGGGGGCCCUCAGAAGCCUGGAGGUGAUCUCAGACCAGAUCCACGAGCGCCGCCGCUCCAGUGCCAUGGGCCCGCGGGGCCGGGGCGUCGGUGCAGAGGUGGACGGUGUUGCCUCGGAGACGGACGAAGGCUCUAUAAGCUCGGUGUGUCUGGAGGAGGAGGUGUUUGGCGGCGGCGGCGGCAGCAGCCUCAUGUCCGAGGAGGACUCAGACACCCACUCCCUCUGCAGCCUGGGCUCCUCUCCCACCACCCCCCUGGACAUCCUCUCUCCUUAUUCCUUCACAGGCUCCUCCUGCUCCUCCUCCUGCUCCUCCUCCUCCACCUGCUCCACGUCGUCCGCCAGCCCCUCCCCUUCACCGUCGCCCUCCUCCACCUCCUCGUCCUCGUCUCCGGCCCAGUCGUCGAGGCCCUGCAGCCUGGACCUCCCCGGCCCCGCCUCGAUGGCCGGCCUGGGCCUGGUGUCCCCCGUGCUGGGUCCUCGCAGCCAGUGCAGCGGGGCCUCGUCCCCGGAGUGUGACCUGGAGAGAGGUGACCGGGCGGAGGGUGCAGAAGGCAGCCAGGACGUCCCCUCCACUAGCAGCAGCAGCAGCAGCAGCCGCAGCUCCACUGGCCCCAAAAAGACCCUCAGCCUGGAGGGGCGCUUCAGCUUCCUCAACCUACGCCGUCCGCGAGCCAACACCACCAAACCGGCGGCCGCGGGGCCCAGUCCAGCCGUGGUACUGGUGAAUGGAGUCUAGGGAAGGGGCAUGAGAGGGAGCGGGGAGGGAGAGGAGUUCAUCGCACCACCUCUGACUCAUAUUCUAUGUUUUGAAAAAUGUACCAGUUUGGACUACUACGAGAGCGUCCAUGUUGGCUCAACAGUGAACUGCUAGGGAAGGCGUCCAUAUUGGCUCUGCAGUGAACCGCUAUUGGGGGCGUCCAUGUUGGCUCUGCAGUGAACUGCUAGGGAAGGCGUCCAUAUUGGCUCUGCAGUGAACCACUAUUGGGGCGUCCAUGUUGGCUCUGCAUUGAACUGCUAUGAGGAGCGUCCAUGUUGGCUCUGCAUUGAACUGCUAUGGUGAGCGCCCAUGUUGGCUCUGCAUUGAACUGCUAUGGGGAGCGUCCAUGUUGGCUCUGCAGUGAACUGCUAUUGGGAGCGUCCAUGUUGGCUCUGCAUUGAACUGCUAUGGGGAGCGCCCAUGUUGGCUCUGCAUUGAACUGCUAUGGGGAGCGUCCAUGUUGGCUCUGCAGUGAACCGCUAUGGGGAGCGUCCAUGUUGGCUCUGCAGUGAACCGCUAUGGGGAGCGUCCAUGUUGGCUCUGCAGUGAACCGCUAUGGGGAGCGUUGUAAACGGAGGACCCUUAACGUUGGACGACGCUGAUGGAUGUGACUCCUAUGUUGUAGGAGUGAAAGACUGGACCGUGAGGAACAGGUGCUGUUCGCUGAAGGGGAUGGGAGGAGAACAGAGACAAACGUUUGUCCUAGUGUUAUGUUUUUCGUACUUUUUGUGUUAGCAUUUUUUUUUUACACUCGCAAAGAGGAACUGCUGUUCUUGUCUCAGACAAAAAAUGAUAAAGACACAAAAGUAGCCUGGACAUAACACUGAGUCUGAGAAUUCUAACAAUAAGUGUUGUCUAUGCUUCAUAUUACAGCAUUGGGAUUAUAAGUAAAUAUCAAAAUCAAGUGGGUUGUUCUUGUGCAUGUCUGUGCCAUUUAUCUUUUGAAUCCAUGAAAGUGUUGUCAUGGUAAAAGGAUUACGUAUAAAUUACGCGUCUUCUUCUACUUGUGGUUGUACUGAAAGACUGCAAAUUAUGAAACGAAAAUGGCCAGUGCUGAACAAUGAACAUUGAGUAUACUCCUAAACCUUACUAAAGGGGCAUUAUCAUGUAUGUACUAGUAUUCAUUAAGAGAUAAUGAAUACUAAUGCUUUUUAUGAUGGUGAACUUCAGAUACAAUUUAGCAGCAAGAAUUGUUGCAGUUGUGUGCUAAAAGUCUGUUAGAUGUGUGUCUCAACUGUAAUAAUUGCGUCUUUCACUGCCAGUCUCAAAUCAUCAAAUAUUCUUCAGCCAUACCACUAAAGCAUCAUUUGAUACUGAAUGUUAGCAUAUAGCUAAUGUGGUGACAAUGGGUUUUCUUUAAGGAAUGUGACCAACUCAAAAAAAGACUGCUUCCCAAACUCCGGAAGAACCUCCUCCAGCCCUCUGAACAAAUCAUCAGUUUGAAGUUGAACCGUUUCACCACCCUCUUUCCUUGCUUCUCUUGGUGCCUGGAUAAAAGAAGUGGUUAAAAAUGUACGCAAGCUUCUGCAUUCUGUGAUAUUUUCCAGGCUAUGUUUCUGUAAAAAGAAGAGUGAAUUUACAGGACUAUAUUUGUGUAAUUGUCAAUGUUUUGUAUGUUAGAUUUAGUAUGUCUCCUACAGUGUGCAUUUAUUUUUCUAGUGGGUUGUGCUUCACAUGUUUUUUUUUUAAUUUCAGGUAAGAGUCAAAUAAACAAUUGCUGAGCA